AUGGGCAGCGCGGCGCUGUCGGGAGCGCUGUGGCUGUGGCUGCUGUGGGCAGGGAGCGGGGCCGGGGGCAGCUGCUCGGGAAGGUGCUGCGAGGGCCGGGACGCCGCCUGUGUCGGCGAGGGAUGGAGGGAGGGAGGGGGCUACGGGACCUGCUACUGCGACGGGGGAUGCCGGCGAGCCGGGGACUGCUGCCACGACCACGACCAGGCGUGCCCGGCUCUUCCUUGUGUUGUGGGGGAGUGGAGUCAUUGGAGUGGCUGUGCAGAACAAUGUCAACCUGACCUGCGCAUACGUAGGCGCUAUGUACAACGGGAACCUAGAAAUGGUGGGGAACCUUGUCCUGCCCUUGAGGAGAAGGCUGGCUGCCUGGAAUACCUGACUUACCAGGGAGAGGACUGCGGCCAUGAGCACGUCCCUGCUUUCAUAACUACCUCUGAAUACGGUAAAGAAAGAAAACGACGAGCAGUAUCUUCUCUCUGGCCUUCAGACAAAGAAGCUGGAUACUGUGUGGAAUUCAAAACAGAAUCACUUUCACAGCACUGUGCUUUGGAGAAUCGGCCGUAUGCUCGAUGGAUGCAGUACCUCCGAGAAGGGUAUACUGUGUGUGUAGCUUGCCAGCCUCCAGCUAUGAAUGCUGACACACACCGUUGUUCUGGAGAUGGCCAUAAUGCAGAUGGAGGUAAAAUCUUACACUGGGAAGCAGUUGGCAACUCUCAGUGCCAAGGAACCUGGAAGAAGAUUCGGCAGCUGGAGCACUGCUCAUGUCCCCUUGUGCAUAGCUUUAUUUUUACAUGAAAGUCUAAAAGACCUUUAA